ACAGGCUGAUAUGAAGGAGACUUGCCUGGCCCGGCAGUUCAGCGGAUAUAUUUCUCGCUUAGUCAAGCGCGCCCCGGGCUAAGCGUCCUUGGGUCCAGAACUUCAAAACCGACUUCCUGACUUCUUCCUCUUGCCCCUCCGCUUCUUUCACACCGACAACAUCCUUUUAGCGUCGCCAUUCCUUAUGAUUCUGUCGCUACAGUCACCGGAAGCCAUCGUUAGCCUGUGUCGUCCGUUUGUCCCUCAGCGGCUGGCCUGCUGACCAGCCAUGGUGAAUUCAAAAAAUGUCGCUUUCAAAGUCAAUAAGCAGACUCCGACAAGCGCGGCACCACCGCAGGCGUAUGGCACGGUGAUAAAUUGCCGGAAACCGGGCGGCAAGCGAGCGUUGAAGGAAGAAAAAGAGGUCAAAUCCCGGCGGGUGCGCUUGGCCAAGGUUUCCGGAGCGGAAGAGUGGGAUAGGAAGCGCAAACGGGCGGACGACCCCAUACACGAAGAUGUCGCCAAUCCCCGGCCAAAGAAGCUCGCUGUGUCAAAUCGAGACCCAGCUAGUUCAUCGGCACUGGCAAUAAGGGAACGCCCAUUCGCACCCCCGAGGCCGCAACUGCACAAGCCCACUAAGUUCCGAAGAGGAAAGGCCUUGGCCAAAGGUGUCGAUCUGGAUUGCUGGUUCACUAUCCUAUCGUUUUCCGAUCCAGCGCAGUUGCUCGAAAUGCGCGCCAAGAUUGCCUCCUGUUACCGUUUCCUGAGGGAUAAUCCUAAGCUCUGGGAGCACAGCAGGAAUUAUUAUUACGGCGGCACUCUCCCGGAUCCUCCCUCAGAGCUUACUGAAUUCCAAUAUGCUCAUCUGCGACACGGACAUGGUUGCAUGGCCUGCGGCACGCCGUCCACCCGCAAGACGUACUGGGCAUUCCUUCGUCGCUGGUGCAAGACCUGUCUACAGUCGAAGACCAUAAAAGAGCAAGAUGCAAUGGAUAUGUUCAAAGAUGCGAAUGGCGAGGAUAUCUCUUUCAUUUCAAAAUGUCUGCCGGCCGGCAUCUUCGACUCCUGGGGUAACUUUGUGGGCGUCGGACCAGCGAACGCCCACUCUCUCAAGACCGUAUACCUCUAUUCGGAUGUUAAGAAACUCGUAGACGACUUCGUCAAGGAGAGCCGCGACAACUAUGUCUCGUGGCACGCCGAAAUGCGGACCUGGAUCAGCAACAGGGUGAAGGUGGUCGAGGAGCGCCGCGAAUUCGCAAGGAAGAUGGAGCUGUGGGAGGACGCGACCCGGCAGUCGAAAUCCUUUGAUUACCACGAGAAGAAGCAGGCGCGCAAGUUGUUCUUCGUGGACAAGGCGGCACAACUGGUACCACCCAUCAGCCUGAUGGAAAUGGAGUGCUGUCCGUCGUACCGCCGCGCUAUCGCUAUUCCCAAAGAUCCCAAUAUGACGUCGUGGCUUCAACUGAAACCGAAACUGGAAAAGGAAGCAGCAACUUUGAAGAGCAGGGGCGGACCUCGAGAACGGGGGCUAUAUUCAUUAUCCGAAAGCUCGACGCCGAGCAUCGAUCCUUUCUAAUUCUGGUCAAUAUCUAGGCAACGCUCUUUGCUUCGGCAUGUUAUAUGAUGGCUAAAUACACGAUACGUUCAUGGCAUUGGGUCCGGAGUUCGGACGCGGUUAUAAUGUCUACGUGGCGGCUCACGACUUUUCUUACUUACGGUCUUCUCUUCUUGCAUAAUAGGACAUACAUGGUUGGAAACGGCAUUGCGGGGAACAGCGGUGCAACUUCACGUUAUAGACUUGAUGAUAUUUCUCUGUUGGAUGUUUCGCGCAUAUUGCGCAGUAUCUAGAACCGCAAUGUUACUCAUCAGCUACA